AGUCGGGGCAAACGGAGGUUGCCUCUUUCUGCGAGCAAUCGGACGAGAGAAAUUGAUAUGGAGGACGAGGAGCAUGAGGUCUACGGCGGGGAGAUACCGGUUGAGGGCGAGAUGGAAGGCGAUGCCGAUGUCGACAUGGCGGCAGCCGAAGAUGACGCCGCCGCCAAGGAAUUGGAUGAGAUGAAGAAGCGGUUGAAGGAGAUGGAGGAGGAAGCCGCGGCUCUUCGUGAAAUGCAGGCGAAAGUUGAGAAGGAGAUGGGCGCCGCACAAGAUCCCGCCACAUCUUCUGCGUCUCAGGGUAAUAAGGAGGAAGUGGAUUCACGCUCUGUCUUUGUUGGCAAUGUGGAUUAUGCAUGUACUCCAGAGGAAGUUCAGCAGCAUUUUCAAUCCUGCGGAACAGUAAAUCGUGUGACUAUAUUGACUGACAAGUUUGGGCAGCCUAAGGGAUUUGCAUAUGUCGAAUUUCUCGAACAAGAAGCCAUACAGGAAGCCCUGCAGCUGAAUGAAUCCGAAUUACACGGACGCCAGCUGAAGGUUAUGGUGAAAAGAACUAAUGUCCCGGGAAUGAAACAGUAUCGCCCAAGAAGAUUCAAUCCUUACCUUUCCGGGUUCAGGAGGCCUUAUCCGCCCCCGUAUUUCUACCCCUCCUACGGUUAUGGCAAGUUUCCAAGGUUCAGGCGUGCGCCGCGCUACAUGCCUUAUUACUGAAGUAGUACAAACGUACGUAUGUCGCUUUGAUUAGAAUAAGCAAGCUGUACUGAGGUAACAACUGAAAUUAGCGCCUUAUGAGUCUGGCUAUAUAAUUUGUCAGGCGCGAUUUGUGCUUGUUCCACUGUGCCUCGUGUGUUUGUUUGACGAGUAUUCGGAUCGGCGAAUGUUAUGAAACUUGAUGUGUCGGAUACUUUUAGCAGCAUUAUUUGUUGAUCGAUGGGGGGGGGGACAUGUAUUUGUAGUUACUUGUUGCACUCAAUUUGGACUGAACUUUGCUACAACUAUUUAGUGCCGUUGUCGAACUUGUUAGAUCUUA